AAAAAAUCAACAGAUGCAGGGCAUGAUGCUACACCUCUGAAUAUUGUGCUGCUGGGCUGGGUCCUGUCAGGCAAGACAUUAGCUGGCAGUGUCAUCUUGGGCACUGACAUUUCAUUUGACAAGACUUCGAAGUGUGUCCGAACAUGUGGAGAAGUGAAUGGACGACAGAUCACCGUGGUGGACACACCAAGCUGGUGGAAAUUCCUUCCGCAACAACUGAACGCAGAUUCAGUGAAAACUGAGAUCUUGAAGGCAAUGGAUUAUUCCCCCCAUGCCUUCCUCUUGGUUAUUCCGGCAGACACAACGUUUUUAGAAGAGCACUUGGAAGUCAUGUUAGAAAACAUGAGACCACUUGGAGAAAAGGUCUGGAGGCAAACCUUGGUGCUCUUCACAUUUGGAGGAUCAUUGGGGAACAAACCAAUUGAGUACCACAUUGAAAGUGAAGGGGAUGCCCUUGUGAGACUCGUUGAGAUGUGUGGGAACAGAUAUCAUGUGUUUGAGAGCAUGAGAAAGGAUCGCACCCAAGUAAAUCAGUUACUGGAGAAGAUUGAGGAAAUGAUAAUGGAAAAUGCUCUGCUGAAAAGCAAUGAUGAACAUCAGGAAAAGAAAAAGAAGUCUCAAGAAGGAGAAGUCCUAUCGGAGUGGCUUCCAGUUAAGGAUGUAAAAAAAUUACUUAAUGAAGAAUGGGACAGGAGUGACACUAUAGAGAUGUUGAAAACAGUGACCCCACAAAGAGUUGUCAGAAGAGGAAGGAGCAUGCAGUUAUCUCUUGAUUUAAGUGGAGAAGUAAACACAGAAUUAUUUAUCAACAAACACCAGCUAAAAGAUGCAAUUGAGAGGGAAUGGAUUCGUAAGGAAGCAAGAAACAGCUCUCGAAUCCAGUUUCAACAAAAAUGCCUGGAUGCCAAUGCAGACAUGUCCUCAUGUGACGAUGACGAGGACAUACAGAUGUCUUUGGCUAAAGUGCACGACUGGUAUCAAAGGCAUUAUUCAUCAGACUAUGCAAGUGUUUCCAGCUAUGAGGAACAUGACAAGACUCAACAGGACAGAGAUUCAUCUUUAAGCUUCUAAGACAUUUUGAUGCAUGUCAUUUUCAUACAAACAGAUUCUUGUUUUUAUUAUCUUUCAUUUCUUUGAUCAAUAACAGUGUUUUUUUUUUUGUGAAUAGAAGAUAAACUCUGUAUAUAUAUUUACAGUAAUUG